AUGGACUUUUUCAGUCCCAACCCACUUCGGCUAUUCUCAGAUCCAUAUGACAUAAACAACUACAAUGACAGACCUAUCUCAAACGAUGUGGUCAGUGAGGUCUUCCAGGACUUUGUCUCAGCGACGCAGGAAAGUGAGUCAGAAGAAUACCUUCGCACACUCUCAGGUGUGAGCAUCUCAUUUGACAACACCUUCCGCGCUGCGACGAAAGCAACUGUAAUGAGCCAAGAGAAGAAGAAGUUGAGGGUCCUGAAGGGCGGGAUAAUCAGUUUGAUGAAUGAGAAUGGGGAGAUUGUUGGCUGGUCAAACGCUGAGAUAAGCGAACUCCUUCAAGGCCUCAAGACACACUGUGGUGCACUCGAUGUCCCUCCACCAGAAAUAUUUGUUGCCGACAAUUGCUGCCAUGUGCACAGCGCAGUCACUGUCGUUUUCCCUGGCGCUACCAUCAAACUGGACGUGUGGCAUUUUAUUAUGAGAUACGCGACUGUAAUCCUCAAUCCUUCAAAGAACCCUCACUGGAAGGAAGUCGUUGCGGAGGUCUCUGCAUGCAUACUGAAGAAGCACGCUGAAGGAGGGAGCCCGGCAGAGUAUUGGGACCGACACGAGCAAGAGACAAGACUCACCUCCGUAUUUGAGAAAUGGUCACAUGAAGGUACGGUAUGGUCAGCGGGGGCACACAAGGUUCACAAAGAGCAGCUUAAGCAUGUGCAUAAAGGGUGCCUCGAGCGUCCACGGCAAGACAUCCGGAUGGACGGAAGUCAUGUGGAGGGCUCCCACAAAGGUUGGAACUCGCUUCAGCGAGUGCACACCAGUGGGAUUGUGACCUUCACAGCGCUCUGCCACGACUUCGUCCUCCGCCACAACAUUCGCGUCGCCUUCUCAAGGGCAACAAAGUCAGACUUCCUCUCAUCCACCACGGCUCGCACCAUGUACACCUCAGUGGACGGAAUCGCAAAGCUCUUCAACCAUCUCCGACUCGAGGAGAAGACCAUUAGUGCAUGCUGCCUACCAGAGCUCCAAGACGUGCCGUCAAACGAGCACUUUGGGCUCAGUCGAAUUGAGCUUCGCCUCCACAUUUGGCAGCUGCUCGAGGUGCUCGGCGAUGACAGUGACACAGUGGACCUUGUCCUGCAGUCAACAAGGGCCGAAAUCCUUGAAGAAAUCGACAUCGACCCACAGCUCCUCUCUAUGCCGGAGGCACAGGCUGGGCCCUUGCUGGCACACCCUCAUGCCACCCCAGUUUCCAGUAUCGGAACGGAUGCUCAGCCUCAAGCAAUGAGGAAGCGCAAGGCAGAUGAUGACACCAUUGUCAUCUCCAACAGUGAAACUAACGAGCUGCCGCCCCGCAAAAUUAUGCGGCAUUUGACUGCCACACCUACAGAAGUUGCUGCUCCAGAUGUCCAAGUCAUUCCAUCUUCGAGUCAGGCAUCACAGGGGAUUCCACCAGCCACCUUCAACUUGGACCACUACCUCAAGCCCAGGAGCAGAUUGCCAUACUCAAAAGCUCUCUCACGGCCACUGAUGGCCACCAGCGCCGGCACUCCCAGCCAACCUCAACCUGAGGACACCGCAAACAUUUUCAUGCCCAUCCUGAGGCCUCCUGGGAUGACACAGUCUCAACAUUUCUUCACAAUCGCAACAAGGAUUGAUGCCCGUGCCAUGCAAAUCUCUGGCGACGUCAAGUUUCAUUUGUUCAUGGACUUGAGGGCCAAGUGCACAUGGAUUUCUUUCAAGAUGACGCCCAGACAGUGGGCUGUAGCUACGGAGACCUACAACUGCCGUCUCGAGGAGAAGAACUGCGCUAUUGGGCUCGAAACAGUGAAGAAGAACCCCCAGGCCCUUCUCCGAAAGCUUGGCGAGAUCAAGGUGGCUGUGAUGAACCAGUGUAGCAAAGAACGACUUCAACUCGCUCAGGCCGAGCCUGGCAAGAAGCUUCGCAAGGCACACACUACUGCAGCUUUUGCGCUGACAGGCGCCAAACAGGUGUCCAAGAACGAGCCGCCUCCACCCUGGCCACAGCCGCCUGGCAUUUUUUCCGAAGGCAAGCACUUCCAUCCGCACGCCUUCCUCGAAACCGUCAAGCAAAUCUACGAGCAAGUCUUCCUCUGGCCAUCUGGUGAAAGCCCUGCCCUCGAGCAGGAGGCAUUUGCAAUGAUGCUGCUCGAUCGGUCCACGACACUCGAAGAAGGCAUGGUGCUCUUCAAGCUAUACGAGGAGCUCGAGAUCGACGAGUCGACGCCAGAUGCCCUGCUGACUGUGCACAACAGCAUCAAGCAUCUUCAGCGUCGAGUACCUCCAGGAGCACUGGGACUCGUAUUACUCACUGUUUCCUUUCCCCCUCGCUAG